ACAAAAUCUUCUUGGGGGCUCCCGUUAUUAGCAGUAAUUGUCACUUUGGAGAACACCUACAGUUAUAGCAGACACUCACUCUAGCAUACUCCAGAGUUCAGAGGAGGAGCUAGCAGAAAUGGCGAAGCUGCACCGGCUCAUCUCCGUCGUGCUCCGGCUCGCCGCGGCGGGGGCCGCGGCGGCGGCGGCGAUAAUCAUGGUGACCAGCCAUGAGACCACCAGCUUCUUCGGAAUAGAGAUGGAGGCCAAGUACUCCUACACUCCAUCGUUCGUAUUCUUCGUGGUGGCAUUCGCCGUGGCUUUCGCCUACAGCCUGCUCGUCCUCCUCGUGCGGCCGGGGAGCACCGCCUCCAGACUGGUGCUCCUGAGCGACGUGAUCGUCGGGAUGCUUCUCGUCGGCGCGGUGGCGGCCGCCGGCGCGAUAUCGGACAUCGGGAGGAACGGCAACACGCACGCCGGGUGGCUGCCUAUCUGCGGGCAGGUGCGGGCCUACUGCGGCCACGUGAUGGGGGCGCUGAUCGCCGGCUUCGUCUCGCUCGUCGUCUACUUCCUCAUCAUCAUGUACUCCCUCCACGCCGUCGCGGAGCCCCUGUGCUCCUGCCAUUAGAAGCCAUCCCAUGCAUCCUUGUGUCGUCGUCUCCAGAUCGACCUGCCCACCAGUUAUGAACUUACGAUGCGUUGUCCGUUUCUUAUAAGCCCUAUAGUAAUUUUGUGUAGGCACUGUCAGAGACCUGCUCUGGUCAUCUCCAUUUCGUAUGUGAUCGUUCGUUCCCCAUUUCUCGUAGUAUAUAUAUUCAGGCAUUCGCUGGGACAAAAGUCUUCUCCUUUAUCAUGAUGAGUUUGCAUUGGAAAGUUGAAGAGAAAAUGUUCCAACUUCCAAGAUGUUUUCAGGGGACUGAUCCGCUGUUGUUGUGAUGCUGU